GGCUGCUGUCAGGCGGGGUGGAGGCGCUGGCGGCUGCGGCGGCCGCAGGACGCGGCCCUUCGGGAGACGGCGGGCUGCGGGCCAUGGGCGCCCUGUGGGCGGUGGGCGGCGGCGGCGGCGGCGGCCGGGGCCCGCGGCUGCCGCUGCCGCUGCUGCUGACGGCGCUGUGGGCGGCCGCCGUGGCGCUGGAGCUGGCCUACGUGCUGGUGCGCGGGCCGGGGCUGCCGGCCGCGGGCCCCCUGGCGCGGGCGCUGCACCUGCUGCUGGCCGCCUUCCAGCUGCUCAACGUGCUGGGCAACGCGGCCCUCUUCGUGCUGCGGGACCCGGGCAUCGGCGGCGUGCUGCUGGCGGGCCGGGCGCUGGGCGGCGGCUGGGACUACUGCUACCAGUGCCAGAGCCAGGUUCCUCCUCGAAGCGGGCACUGCCCCGCCUGCAGGGUCUGCAUCCUCCAACGGGACCACCACUGUCUGCUGCUGGGGCGCUGCGUCGGCUUCAGCAAUUACCGGCCCUUCCUGUGCCUGCUGUUCCACGGGGCGGGCAUCCUGCUGCACGUCACAGCCCUGCUGAGCCCGGCCCUGGGUGCCCUGCUGCGGGCCCACUCUCAGCUGCACGCCGUGGUGCUGCUGCUACUGCCCUGGCUCAUGCUGCUCACUGGUGGCGUGUCCCUGGCCCAGUUUGCCCUGGCCUUUAUAGCAGACACGUGUGUGGCUGGCGCCCUGCUCUGUGGGGCCGGGCUGCUUUUCCACGGGAUGCUGAUGCUACGGGGCCAGACCACCCGGGAGUGGGCCCACGGCCAGCGCCUCUAUGACCUGGGCCCCUGGCGGAACGUGCAGGCUGCUCUGGGCUCCCGCUGGGCCCUCGUGUGGCUCUGGCCCUUCCUGUCCUCCCCACUGCCUGGGGAUGGGAUCACUUUCCAAACCACAGACUGAGGAGGAGCAUGGACUGAUGGAGCCCUUGGGGCUGAGGAGCAUUGAAGGCUGCAGCCAGGCAACCCCCCCCCCCGCCUCAGCUUUCCAGGUUUGGGAUCAAAUUCUCCAAUGCCCCCACCCCUCCCCCACCCAGCAGGGCCCUCCCAUUCCUUCUCCCUGUCUGGCCCUUGGAAUCUGUCUUCAUUGGGGACCCCCCCUCCCCCGGGGCCAUGACAAGGGUGGGCCUAUUGGGCCCAGCUGGGCCUGCCCCAUUUCCCACCACAAUAAAGUCUUGAUGUCACUUGGG